AUGAAGAGAAACCCAAACGUUACUUCCUCCAUCAGAAAGCAAAGAAAGGCUCACUUCACCGCCCCAUCUGGUGAAAGACGUAUCAGAAUGAGCGCUCCUUUGUCCAAGGACCUCCGUGCCAAGUACUCUGUUCGUUCCCUUCCACUCAGAAAGGACGACGAAGUCAAGGUUGUCGUUGGUGAUCACAAGGAUCACGAAGGUAAGAUUGUUGCCUGUUACAGAAAGAGAUACGUCAUCCACAUCGACAAGUUAGAUGUCACCCGUGCCAACGGUAACACCGCUCCAAUUGGUAUCAACGCCUCCAACGUUGUCAUCACCAAGUUGAAGUUGGACAAGGACAGAAAGGCUUUGUUAGCCCGUAAGGCCCCAAAGAGUGCUAACAAGGGUAAGGUCGAAAAGUCCGAAGUCAGUGCUGAUGUCAACUAA